CACAUCAAUUGUAGGAGAUGAUAUUAUUUCAUUCAUUCGAAGUAGAAAAAGUGGAAAACCUAUUUUACUGUUUAUAUUAAAUUAUUUAUUUUUAAAAUGAAUUCAAAUAUUUCAACUCUUACAAAAUUUGUAUGGAAGUCUCAAUCUAUUGCCGGCUUUGGGUAUCAACAAGUAAGAAAUAAAUGGGCUAAUUGGAUGAUGAUAAGAGAUGUUAAAAGAAGACGAAUGAGUGCUGAAAACUUCCUUGAGAGGACAAGAGUCAAUGCUUUGAGAAAAAAUGAUGUGCUUCCAGUAGAAAUACGAGAAUUAGCUGACAAGGACAUAAAUAAAUUUGAAAUGAACGCCAUACCAAUGAGGAUCAAUAAUAGAUGUGUGGUUACUUCCAGGCCCAGAGGUAUAGUCAAAGAAUGGAGAAUGAGCCGUAUUGUGUGGAGGCACUUGGCAGACUACAACAAACUCUCAGGAGUGCAAAGAGCGAUGUGGGGCUAGGCUAAUUUCUGUAGUAAAAUUAUAGUUUUAUGUUAAUUAAAUGUAAUAGUUAA